AUGAAGAUGAUGAGACACAUUGUGUGCUGUUGGGAUUAUGAAGAAAGGCAGAAAGGGGGACUUGGCAUUUGCUCAGAGGAUUAUCGUCAUACUUUAAAAAGACAAAUUAAAGAUGAGAAUCCCAGGGAUGAAUUGUUUCGACAGAGCCUGGCUAAACUCCGAGAGCAGAUAGUAAAAGCCAAUACACUGGUGAGAGAAGCAAACUUCUUAGCAGAAGAAAUGAGUAAGCUCACAGAUUAUCAAGUAACGCUUCAGAUCCCUGCUGAAAACCUCAGUGCCAACAAAAAGAGGGGUGCAAUAGUGAGCGAGCCUGCUAUUCAAGUGAGAAGAAAAGGAAAAGGUACUCAAGUGUGGACUAUUGAGAAACUAGAGAACAAACUGAUUGACAUGAGGGACCUCUAUCAAGAGUGGAAGGAGAAAAUUCCUGAGAUAAGGAAGCUGAUUGGCAAAAGAGGUGAUCCUUUUUACGAAGCUCAAGAGAAUCACAACCUGAUUGGCGUGGCCAACGUGUUUCUGGAGUGCCUUUUCUACGAGGUGAAGCUGCAGUAUGCAGUGCCCAUCAUCAGCCAGCAGGGGGAGGUUGCAGGACGGUUGCAUGUUGAAGUAAUGCGAGUCACUGGGUCUGUCCCAGAACGUGUAGUAGAAGGAGAUGACUCAUCUGAGAACUCCAGUGAGAGUGGGAGUCUGGAAAUCGUAGAUAACAAUGGAGAAAUUAUUCAUAGAGCAAAAAAGCUCUCCUGCAGGGUAAAAAUAAAAGAGGCAACUGGGCUGCCACCUAAUCUCUCCAACUUUGUCUUUUGUCAAUAUACAUUUUGGGAUCAAUGUGAAUCAACAGUAGCAGCACCAGUGGUAGAUCCAGAUGUGCCUUCACCUCAGAGCAAGGAUGCUCAUUUUACAGUGACCUUCUCUCACUGUAAGGACUACGUGGUGAAUGUCACAGAGGAGUUUUUGGAGUUCAUUUCAGAAGGAGCUCUUGCUAUUGAAGUGUGGGGUCACAGAUGUACUGGCAAUGGCAGCUCUGUUUGGGAAGUUGAUUCUCUUCAUGCUAAAACGAGGACACUGAGAGACAGGUGGAAUGAGGUAACUCGAAGAAUAGAAAUGUGGAUUUCCAUACAAGAAUUGAAUGAGAUGGGAGAAUACACUGCAGUUGAAAUCCAUCAGGCAAAAGAUGUAAACACAGGGGGGAUUUUCCAGCUUAGGCAGGGUCAUUCUCGCAGAGUUCAGGUGACAGUGAAACCCGUACAACAUUCGGGAACGUUACCUCUCAUGGUAGAAGCAAUUCUUUCAGUCUCUAUAGGUGGUGUGACUGCCAGAUCAACCAAACUGCAAAGGGGCUUGGACAGCUACCAGAAGGAGGAGGAUGAUGGUGGUGAUAUGGAUAGUUACCAGGAAGAAGAUUUAAACUGUGUACGAGAAAGGUGGUCUGAUGCAUUGAUAAAACGCAGAGAAUAUUUGGAUGAACAGAUUCAAAAGAUCAGCAAUAAACAAGAGAAAUCUGAGGAUGAUAUAGAACGAGAAGCCCGGCUGGUUGAACAGUGGGUAGGGCUGACAGAAGAGAGGAAUGCGGUGUUUGUUCCAGCACCAGGCAGUGGAAUUCCUGGUGCCCCUGCAAAUUGGAUUCCACCUGCAGGAAUGGAAACACAUAUACCUGUCCUCUUCCUUGAUUUGAAUGCUGAUGACCUCAGUGCCAAUGAACAACUUAUAGGUCCCCAUGCAUCAGGAGUUAACUCAAUACUACCAAAGGAGCAUGGGAGUCCAUUCUUUUAUCUGCCGAUCAUAAAACACAGUGAUGAUGAGGUUUCAGCCACUGCUGCUUGGGACUCUUCUGUCCAUGAUUCAGUGCACCUGAAUAGGGUAACUCCUCAAAAUGAGAGAAUUUACUUGAUAGUGAAGGCUACUGUGCAGCUCAGCCACCCUGCUGCCAUGGAACUGGUAUUACGGAAAAGGAUUGCAGCCAAUAUUUAUAACAAGCAGAGUUUUACCCAGAGCCUGAGAAGGAGAAUAUCCUUGAAAAAUAUAUAUUAUGCCUGUGGAGUAACCUAUGAAAUAGUAUCCAAUAUACCAAAGGCUACAGAAGAAAUUGAGGAUCGCGAGACCUUGGCACUGAUGGCUGCAAGGAGUGAGAACGAGGGCGCAUCCGAUGGUGAAACGUACAUUGAAAAAUACACACGUGGUGUGCUGCAAGUGGAGAACAUUUUGAGCCUGGAACGACUGAGACAGGCAGUCACAGUCAAAGAGGCACUCUCCACCAAAGCGAGAAACAUCCGCAGGAGCAUCAGCACUCCAAAUGUCCACAAUGUAUCCUGUAGCCGACUAGACCUUUCUGCUUGUGAUGAAGAUGACAAGGGUUGGUCUGAAAGCCACCUAGAUAUAUCUGACUGUUCUUCCAGUUAUCAAGAUGUAUCAUGCUAUGGUACUUUGCCCAGAGAGUCACCUUGCAAGAGCAAAGAUGGCAGUGGUAUUGUAGCAGAGAAUUCCCAUGCUUUAAUGACCAGCCCUUUUAAAGCAUUUUCUCCUCAGCCACCAAAGUUUUUCAAGCCCUUAAUGCCAGUGAAAGAGGAACAUAAAAGGAAGACCCCGCUUGAAAGCCGACCUCUGCUUAGUCAAGAGAGCAUGCCUUCCUCUCAGGUGCUUUGCGCUGGCUGUGCUGUGCCUUCGGGAAGUGAUGCCAGCAGCAUGCCUCUAGAAAGCAAUAACAUAUGUCAGGAAAAGAUUGACUCCGAGGAGGAAGACAGUGAGUUGGAGGCCAUUAAUAAGAAGCUGAUAAGUCCACAAAGUUUUCAAAAUUUCCGGCCUUACAUACCGGAGGAGUUUGCUGACUUCAGUGUUUACAAUGCCAGCCUGGAGAACAGAGAGUGGUUUUCUUCUAAAUCAGACUUCACGAGUUCACGUGUUCUUGAGAAAGAGGUAUCCCGCAGCCCCACCACUAGCAGCAUCACUAGUGGCUACUUCUCCCACAGUGCCUCUAACGCGACUCUGUCUGACAUGCUUGUUGCCUGUAGUGAUAGCACAGACCAGCUAGCUGCUCACACCAAGGAGCUGGACUCUCAUGAUCCCUCAGGAUCAUCUCUUGCACACAGUUUAAGAUCCUCUUCGAACAAGGAAUGCCGAGAGUCAGAAAAGGAGUUGGCGAGAGAAAAGUUACCUGUGUUACCAUUGAAAGACAACGGUGCCUUAACGGAACAAGUACCACUGUCCCUCCAUGCCACUGACAGAGACUCUCAGCAGUUACCCAGAGCUGGAUCAUUUUCAUCUUUAAGUUCCUCAGAUGGCAAAAAUACCUGUCAUACAAUUGAGUUUUCAGCGCACGAAGCAACCGUUGAGCACACGACGGACAUUCUGGAAGAUCACUCCUUUACAGAGUUCAUGGGUGUCGAAGAUGGAAAGGACUUUGACCAUUCGACAGCUCUGCAGUCCUGUUCCCUUGUGUCCUCUAAUGGGGUGAGCACCUCGGAGUUACCCCGUGGCACUGGCGAGGAGCAGAGCACGUGUGUAGGCCAGCUGGGCUCUGCCGUAGCAGCAGGCGACCAGCUCGCAGACGCUGUGGAAAGCCCUUUGCAUUCUGUACUGGUAAAAGAGUCUUCAGACCGUGAGACUUAUCCUCACACUUCCAUAGAUGAUUUUAUUGGUAAGGACCACUUGGACACUUCUGAUUGUGAAGAAGGUGCUUCUGCAGAUCAAGCCCACAUCUUGCCUAGCUGGGUGGCAGUGGGUGAACAAGUCUGUGUUGGAAGUAAUAAGCUGGGCACAGUGAGAUACAUCGGAACGGUGGAUUUUUCGUCUGGAAUCUGGGUUGGAGUUGAACUGAAUGUUCAGCUGGGGAAGCAUGAUGGAACUGUGAAAGGCAGAGAGUACUUCCACUGCAAACCACGACACGGGGUCUUUGUUCGUCCUGGGCGCCUCAGCAAAGCACCAGCUUCCACAAGGAAAUGGAGUAGCACUCCACGGUCUCAGGCAUCUUCCACUUUAGAGAAACGGAAAAGUUCUGUGCUUCAGGGCUCAACAUCCACUCCUAAAACAGGAGGAGGAGUCCUCUGCCAUUCAGGAGACGCAGCGGCUUCUGCUUUUUCUAGGAAACAGGAAAACAGGAAAUCUUGGAUUAACUGA